AUCGACGUAACUAAUAGAAGACAAUACAAUAUAUUAUAUUUUAAUAGUUCACAGCUACAUAAAAAUUCAAUUGCAGCAAUGUUCAUUUCCGAUACCACCUCUAUUUAUAACCCAACAGUCUCGUAUAAUAUAGACUAUAAUAUGUUUUAUGCAACCUAUAAUGAAACAUUAAAGUUGUUCCAAAUAGAGUUUUAUGUUGACGCCAACACACAAAUCGGUGUGUUUAAUUUUGCUCUUGUUGCAAAUUUAAAAAGUGCUUAUAGUGGAAUUUUACCGGUUACAUUGAUGAUUAAAAAAUCAAAUUUCGAUUUACAAGGCCCAAAGUUUAGAAAUAUAAAGAAAAUCCAACCAAACCUUAUUGAUUCAAUCAGUAAAGUUGGUGAGCUUGGUUGGUCAUUAACUAUUGAAGAUCCAAUAAAUGGUUUUGAUCACGGUUAUGUUGUAAUCAAGGGUAAUUCAGAUCAAUCGGUUUAUAAUAUGUCAUUUAGUUAUGAUAAUAUGAAACCAGGUGGUAAUAUAUAUUUGAGUGAAUAUGAUUUCAAGGUUAAAAUAUCGUAUCCAUGUUUAAAUCAAACCUAUGUUAUUAGUGAAGUUGGUUUAUUCGAUAGAAACCAAAGAUAUUCAUAUUUCUCAAUAUUUGCACCAAAUCCAUUGUAUGUAGGAGUUCUUAAUCCAUUCAUUUACUUUUUAAAUGACACAUCAAUCAACAAAAUACCUUUAACCUGUGAACUAGAUCCAGUAGCUUCAAACGAUGUAACCCCACCAGUUUUAACAUCAUUUUCAACUCAAAAAUCACUAUUUGAUGUUAGCCAAACCGAUAGAAACGUAGAAUUUACCUUUUCAGUCGAAGAUAAAGAGAGUGGAAUUAAGAACAAUACAUAUCCAAUAGUUUAUCUUUCAACUACAAGUAAUAUAGUACUCGAGUGUAUUUCAAAGAUUACAUAUAUAGAUAAAUAUACUGCCAACUAUGCAUGUACUAUUCAACUUCCAUUCGCUUUUGCUUACCCAGAUAAUAUUUUGUUAUCAGUUUAUGGUUUUAUUAACAAUAACGGCCUCUUUAAUGGAUUCCCAACAUCCUAUCUCAUGACUGAUGGUCAAUUUAGCUCCUUAUUAAGCACUACUUUUACCACACCACAACCAAAUCUUUUUUCACAUUAUACAAUCACAGAAAAGGGUGGAAAUUUAUGGGUUUUCGGUAGAGGUUUAGGAAAUGACUCUGUUGCAUUCAUUACUUUUAAAGAUGGUACAACUGCAAACAUUAAAUCAAGUAUUGCCUAUAGUUCUGCCGCUUUAUUUUCAAAUGUUAAAGCAUCAUCCGAACCAUACAGUUUAUAUAUUAAAUUUAAUUCAUUAUACUCAAAUUCUUUAAUAAUUACUCCAACUAUUUAUGAAUUUGAUUGGAACAAUUAUACAAGUUCUUCAGAAAUACCACCAGAAACCGCAUCACCAAUCCCAACUAAUAAACCACAAAGUUGCCCAGGAAAUCCAGUAUGUGGCGGCCCAACACAUGGAAGAUGUGUAGAGAAUCAGGGUUGUGUAUGUAUUUCACCAUGGGUUGGUUUAGAUUGUUUGUCCUAUUUUGUAGUUAUAGAACCACCAAAGGUUAAUACUGGUAAUUCUAGUAAUGAUAAUAUGGGUACCCCAAGUAUCGAAAUUAUAGUUCCAGGUAACAAUACAGGUAGCAACAAUUCAACAAAAGUGAUAGCUUAUCAAUCAUUAAUUUCCAUUGUAGCUUUAAGAGAGGUGGACAUAUACGAUAAUCAAGUAAACUUUUUAAAAUUUGGAGAUGACUGGUUAUCUAAACAAACAAAUACAAAUACUUAUGAAUUUUAUAAUCAAUUUAAUAUCACAAAGGACGGUAUCAAUACCACUACACAUAUAACAGUCACACUAAAAUGGUUUGUAAAUGAAACAACUAUUAAAUUCGCAAAUGAGGAGCUUUUAAUGAACCCAUCAACAUUAAAAUAUACAAUUGAAAUUACAAGCUAUCCAUUCGAUAAUCAAUUAAAUUCAUUGCAAUUGGUAAUGUCAGCAUUAAUCCAAUCAAAUACAACAGAAAAGGUUUGUUCAGUAAGAGAGUUUGGUGAAACAUCAUCUGGUGAUAAUUCAAAUUAUCUUAAAAUACAGGUUGAAGAUCAUUCAUUAUAUGGCAGAUUCAUUAAAAGAGGUAUCAUCGAUUCACAAAUUAAAUCAGUUUCUAAUGUAUUGUUAGAUGCAGAUAUGAAUCCUGUUUCUAAAAGUUCAUCAAUUCAAUCCUAUGUUGGUAUUCAAAUUCCAAAUUACACAAAAAAAGCUACUCUCGACCCUGAUUUCUCUGUUCUUAUUGAUUCAUAUAAUGCCAAAUCCAAAUCUGGUUCAAUUUGCCCAAGCUCUGGUCUUAGUACUGGAAAAAUUGUAGGUAUUGCAAUUGGUGCCGCUGCUUUUGCAGGUGUUACAGCCAUUGGUGUUACAUAUGUAAUUAAGAAGAGACAAAUGGAAAAAUCUUUUGUUAAAUCGGUAAAUAAAAAAAUGGAAAAAAUGAACAACCAACCUUAA